CUCAGUAUAGGGCCUCGGACUGGCUCUCGGGCCACCGCUCUGCUUGGCCAGGUACCACUCCUUUGGGUUGGGUCCCUCGACCAUCGCACCAAGGCUUGGGUACGACCAGGGAUAGAGUUUAGGGCCACUCUCUGGGAGCCCAAGGCCCUCUUUUCACCUCAUUCUCUCCUUGCCCUGGGGCUUUUCCUCUUGUACCCUCUCUUGUUCCCAGCUCGCUCGACGCCUCAAACUGAUCCCGGCACCUCUGGCCGCUGGUUCAAUCAUUAUUAUUUUCUACCUGUGUCUACCUCACCUACUCCGUACUCGCCGUCGCAAAUAACCCGCCCUUCCCUGUCCACCAACUGAUUCGUCCUUGGGGGCCAUCUACUGUACAAUCAUUAGUCCCGCCAACAACCGACUGGCGGCGGUCAGCUUUACUCCGGAGAGCCAUUGUUCCAUUUCAACUCGACCAUCCCGGGUACGUGCAUCCAGCAGCAAAGCCUACACGAAACCAAACCCUUCUUCGUGGGUGAUCGACAUCCGGAAGAGCAUCUAUUGUUUCCAGUUCUCCGUUUUCGCCUUGUCUUCUUCGCAUCACUCCUCCAACUUGCAAACGGCGAUCCAUUCCCAAAAGACUCUUCUGGAGCUUCUGGCCUUUGGGCAUCGACCUGGGAAUUUCGAGAUCAGCACCUCGGGUGUCUCCUCCCCCACCACCUGACCACCACCGACCCUACAACUACAGAUCUUGAAUAUCGCCCAUCACCAUUACCAGUAAUAGCCGGCGUCAACCUUUUUGAUAUUGCUGCCCAACGACACUAUAUUCUGCGGCGCAAUCAUCCCCUCGCGAGAAUCCGAGACCGCACCGCCGGAGCGUCCCUGGUCUGGUGUGAACGUCGACGGCCUAACCCAAAUUCUGGAGCUGCAAACGUCAAAAGCAUCCUCUCGACAAGUCCGCAAUCAAUUUGCAUCUCAACUUCCUUUCGAACCAGACUUUGUCUCCAAGGUCUAGUUUGCUUUCACGGUUUGGGUGGUUGUUGUGUUUGCUUCGCGCUGUACCGGAUUCCGACCGCCAUCCAUCGACUUUUCCGACUAAUCAGUCCGCCGCAUUGCGAUCGGGCCUGCUUUAACCGUCCGCCUUUCGAUUGCGCUGCGUCCCUGCGGGUUUGCUGUCAGCAGAACGACCUCGUGGUGAGAACAGGAAAAGCAAACCCCGCCCUUUGCGCCAUUUGGCAUUCCAUUUUCCCACCAACCAACGUCCUUUGUUCCUUGCUGCCGUUGGCAACUGGCCUUUCCUGCAGCCGACCUGCACCAAAGGUCGCGAGGUGCAACAACAGGAAUUGCAUGCAGCCUGGCGAAUACGUAGUAUAACGAUUUGCCAUGAGCCUUCCUGUCGAGCGCGCAUCACAUCUCUGAUCGUGCACAAGGUCAUGCCGCCUUUGUUGCACCACGUUCCAUUGGGUAUAGAGACGCGGGAGGUACAGGCUCGGUUGCUGGACAAAGGAUCGGAGGUUGAAAAUGGAUGAUAUCGGUGACGUGGAUGGGAGGCACGAACGAUCCAAUCCAUACGCUCAACCACCACCACCACCACCACCAGGCUCUACCCACCGUAUGCCGCCAGCCGAGACCCCUACGUUACACAACUAUCCUCCACCUCAAGGCGCAGGUAUGCCACCACCAGGCCCAGCGUGGAAUCCGGCCCCUUCGCCAUAUAGUGAUCCCUCCGAACAUCGACCUCCGCCGCCAGACCUGGGCCACCAGCAGCCAUAUCCGCCUCCAGGUCAGCCAUAUCCGCAUCCUCCACCACCUCCCCCAGGAAGAGAAGCUCCAGGCUAUGCUCCCGAUCCAGGUUACGGACGUCCAGGAAGUGUCUCAGGCCCUUCGAGAUCUCCCGGAGAUCCCUACCGUCCUCCAUAUCAUCCUGUGAGUACCCCCCACGAACCUUCAUACUAUCAACCCCCUCCGGACUACAGACAGCAUCAUGCCUAUUCUACGCCCGAGAGCCAGCCAAACGGAACUCACCAGCCACUUCAUGUGGUGACAGGUCAUGAAAUGAUGCAAGGUCAAACCCCCGGCCCUUCUGGACCUUACGGGCCCCCUUCGGCCGGCCCACCUCCGUCUGCUGGUCCUUACGUGCAGCCCGCCUACUUCGAUCCCAACUACCAACAGAGACGGAAACCGGUGCGAGCGGCACAGGCAUGUGAUUCGUGUCGUCAGCGAAAGGCAAAAUGCGACGAAGGGAGGCCGGAAUGUCAACACUGUAAAGACAACGGCUUGAAAUGCACCUACAGAGAGGUGCCCCCGCAGAAGACGGAGAAGCAGAUGCUCACCAUCACCGACAAGCUGGAAACCAUGACUGGGAACAUUGAAAUGCUCAUUCAGCAACAGAAGACGCAGAGCGAGCAGUUCCAAAGGCAGAGCGAGCAGAUCAGCAUGUUGUUGACCGCGCUGCAGAAGAAUGCCGGCUCGGGCGAUGUUGGGGCGGACGCGACGCCAGAUGAGCAAGUGGAGUUUGCCAAACGACUGAAGAAACCGACACAGGUUGAUAGCACCGUGGAAAAAUAUCCCUUCCGCAGAGGCGAGAGCUCUGAGGCGCAGUCCAAGCCACGGGCACGUAUUCAAACGACAAUUUCUCUCUUGAAAGAAGGGACCCAAGACGGAAACCAAGAAGGAAACCUUGAGUCGGAACCUUUUGAACUCACGCUGCCCGCGAAACAUACUACGGCCGCACAAAAUCUGGUCAAUUGGCCUUCCAUCAAGGCUCUGAUUCCAGCCGGCAUCACCACGUCGUAUGUAAUUGACGAGGAGUCCGGCCGGGGUCUGCUACGGCUGUACGGCUCGGGUGAAGGCGAGGACAAGCAUGAUGGACAUGAAGGUGCUCCAAGUCCUGCUGGCAGCAACUCGUCAGAAGGACGUCGUAUGGAUGAAGAAACAUCGUCCUCGCCACAUGGCGUUUGGGGCACGGGACAAUUUCACGCGCCAUUGACGUCCAACCACAGCCACACCGCGCGCGACCAUCCAGGCGGUGUCAGUCCGCACGGUGGCCUGAUGCUGGAUUCUGAAGCCGUCGACCGGUAUUUUCGAAGCUACAUGGCUAACAUCCACAUUCUACAUCCGUUCCUCGAGCCUGUGGUCUUGCGCAACAUGAUUCACAUCUUCAAACGAAAGUACAGCUGGGAUUACCGUGCCACACAAACUACGGCCGCUACCAUUGGGGUCAAGCGAAAGCGAGAAACCACCGAUUCUCCCACUUCGAUGGAAGAACAGAAUACGCCAGGCUUUGUCGGUAACCGCACUCAGACCCGUGCAUAUUCUGCCGGUGUGUCUCCUAUCGAGCAUUCCGUUGCAAACGCCAUUGUGCUGCUUGUGAUAGCCCUGGGGAAGGUCACGUCUCAUCGUGAACCAUUACCAGGUCCAGCAUCCACCACCACCAUGCGCACCUCGACCCCUCACAGUGCAUUGUAUAGUGACCUACCAAUGCCCAUGUCCGCGCCGACAUCACCAUUCAACAAUCAACUGAACUUGAACGGCGCCAAUAACAUGGCCGUUUCGAGUCCUGCAAAUCCUCAAGGCAAGAACAUGGAUGCCAUUCCUGGGCUGGCAUAUUUUGCAAAAGCUGCAGAUAUCCUGGGUGAACUCCCAGGAGGCACCGAUGUGUCGCAUAUUCAAGCCAACCUCCUCGCAGGCUUGUACAUGGGACAAUUGGCCCGCAUUCUGCCGAGCUACUUCUAUAUCAACAAAGCAUGCAUGGCAGCUCAAAUCCUCAUCGAAUCGACGCCAUACAAGGAGCAGACGAUCAAACCGAAUCGACGAAAUCUCAUCAACUUCGCCUUCUGGUCGUGCCUUCAGCUGGAGAGUGACAUUGCCGCCGAGCUGGAGUUGCCUCUGAGUGGCAUUACUCGAUACGAAAGUCCGCAGCACAAGGAAAUGCCGACUAGCGUCACGCUCCAGAACAUUCCUGAAUCUAGCAUCGACGAUGAUAUCCUGCGCUACUACUCGUACCAGAUCCAACUCCGGUUGACGAUGAAUAGUAUUCAUUCAACAUUGUACCGUUCUUCGAAAGACCAGAGCACCAGACCGAGCGUUACUAUGAUGGGGAUUCUGGACGAAAAUCUGGAGGAUUGGAGGAAUAUGCUCGCUGACUGGAAUUGGUCUGACAACAACCACGAGAGUCCGAACAUCAAUGUCGCUCGGAUGAGAGGGAAAUAUUACGGCGCCAAAUACAUCAUCUGGCGACCCGCUGUGCAUUAUGCUCUGCUGCAAGCUGGAGGCUGGCUGCCCAAGGACCGCCCAUCGGAAUCGCCUGCAGGAUACCGGCCGAACUCUGAGCUCACAUCACCCUCGGUCCAGAAUCUUAACGUUGGAAGCCACCCGGUCAGAGAGAUACCCAAUCUCGCUCCGGAGAUCCUGAAAGGCGCGAAAGCCUGCAUUCAAGCCGCCGUUCGCAGCACCACGGUCUUUGACAAAGUCCCUCGCCGUCUGGUUGUCACAAACAUUUUUGGCACCGCGCACGCACAAUUUGGCAACAUGCUCGUGCUGUACGCCACUUAUACUUCACCUCAUCCGGAGCUGAGGAAGUUAGUAGCCACGGAGACCCUCCAACGUCUACAUGACCGCACAAUCAGCAUUCUCCGGGAGAACGAGGCCAUUUCACCCGUUCUAGCCAAGAAUCUCCGGAUUCUUGAGCAUGUUCGGGCGAAGGUAUUCGGAUCUGCAACGUCAUAUCCGGCUGUCAGUACCUCGUCCAGCUUUUCAUCGAAUCGAUAGAUCUAUGGGCGGCACCUUUGUGAACAUGUGGAAUCGAUCUGAGUUGCAUUUCAACGCACCCAACGAUUCGGCGGCCAUUUUGAAGCGUUCAGCAUCAAUAUCUAGCAUUUUUUUUUAUCAUACCACGGUGUUUAUGAAAGACUGAAACGGCCGACUGGGAGGCGUUCUUAUCUAUAUCUGUUUUAUUGCGGUACCGCUGGGAAGAAUGGCCCACUUGCAUCUAGUCAGUACAUGCGUGCUAUUUGGCAUUGGGGAAGAGAUGGUAUGUCCAAAGUUCGUUGGAAGAGACAAAGAGCAAGCCAACAGCCAUCCCGGGAAACGCGAACUACAUCAGCCAUGGAGACGUUGGAGGGGUUGAGGAAACAUGGUACUGCUUCGAGCUUGACGAGGCGGAUAUACCCUUCUGUUGUAUGUCCCAGAAAACGACUGUUUUUCGUAUAUGGUUUGCUUGUGGGUGAAGGGGAGGGCGUGACGGGAGGAGCUCUGUGUGUGGCGCCAGGUCCGUAAUGGUCCUUACUAUUGUAUAUUAUCCCGCAGCUUGAGAGAGCUGUGCAUCUUGUAUAACUCAAAGAUUGACCCUAUCCUCCCAAACCCCCUGAGGGCC